UUGACUUCCUGCUUCCGUUUGUGUUACCAUGCAACGAGACGCCCUGGUGUGUUCCCUAAAGUACUUCCUACCCGAGUAUUAUUAUUACAAACGUAACGUUAUCAAUUUUGGUAACCGAUGCAGAUGGUACACCAAUUCUAAAGAUUUUUUUUAUAGUUUUAAGGCCGAGUGUCAGAUAUGGCCGACGGCUGGUGCACGGACACCGGAGAAUCGGUUUACCGUUCCCGGGAUGCAGUUAAAAACUUACGCAUACGAGUGCGUAUACAGCGUGUGACAUCGACAGCCGCUCUGUCUCAACACCUUCAUCAGCAAAUGAUGUCUCAGCGGGAAAGAGGAGUUAUAGAGCUAGACACCUUCAGCUCUCAGACGCAAUCAGCCUCCACCACUGAUGAGGAGGAACUGGUGGUUGGUUGGCAAGAGAAGUUCUUCAGUCAGUAUGAAGUGGACCUUUAUCAAACAGAGUCAAACUGUCAAACACCACUGGAGCGUCAGUAUCACACAGAAAUCACGGCAAUUGAAAGAUCCAAAAGGAAGCAAAACCAGCGCAUUUUCACCUACACAGACUUUGAUCGCUUUUCCAAAUGGGAAGAGCAAGCUCAAAGUAUGCUGAUCCCAGCUCAGUCAACACCAACCUUCUUAGCAGAACGCAUGGCCAAUGUUAGACACAGGAGACAAGAGAAACGUCCUGUAGAGUCUACUGUUUCCAAGUCGCGUUUAAUCACAUGGGAGCCUUCAGAGGAGUUCAUAAAGAACAGCCACAUCAUCAACACACCAGUGCAGACCAUGCACAUCAUGGGAGAUCUUGGGCCUUCAGGAAAGUUGGGCCUGAAAGAAAAUGAAUAUGUAUUAUGCACAAUAAAAGCAGACGGUAAUGGAGUAAUCACAUUAAAACCAGACUUUAACAACAACAGAGGAGCCUACAGGCUGGAAACAGAGGGGGAGAAGAGGGAGGUGUGGAGGCUGUAUCUGGAGAAUGCCUCAUCAGACAUUCAUGCGGAGGAGAAAGAGAGAGAGCAGCGCAUGUACAGAGAUCUGUACACACGUCACAAAGAUUACCUCAACAGCCUGGUUGGCCAAGACUUCGAGAUGCCACCUCCAGGGAUACUUCGCCUGAUUGUAAAUGGAGAAAUCGUUUCUGCUCAGGGUUAUGAGUAUGAUAACCUGUACAUCCACUUCUUUCUGGAUUUACCAAACAGUUGGUCCAGUGUUCCCAUUCAGUGUCUGUCUGGUGUGACUCAGACAUGUCGCACACGCAGCAUGGGAAAGGAGGAUGUUGCCUUCUUCUCCUAUCCAUUCAGCUUUGAGACCUUCUUCCAUAAAGAAGAUGAAUCUGAUGGGUCAUUAUCCCAGUGGCCUGUGCUGUAUUUCAAAGUUCUCUCACUGGAUUUUUGGCAGCGCUACAGAACUGAGGGCUAUGGAUUCCUGGUCAUUCCCUCAACGCCAGGGCGUCACAGAAUGACUUGUCGCACAUGGAGACCCCUCCAGCCCGGCACGGUGGCUGAACUGAGACGCUUCUUCAUCGGCGGAGCACCUGAACUUGAGGACAUCAGUUAUGUCAGAGUACCUGGCACUUUCAAGGGAGAGCGAUUGAGUCGCUUUGGCUUUCGCACUCAAACCACUGGAAGUGUGACCUUUACUCUUAAUUGUAUCCAGCAUGCCAGAGCUUUUAUUGAUGCCAGCACCCUGAAGAAAAGGAGACAGACUGUUCUGGAUCAGUUGGGAGGUCACAGUCAGCAGGGCUCUGUCUAUAAUGUUCUGGAAGCGUUUCAGAGGGCCCAUAAGCGCAUGCAGGAAGCAAGAGAGACUUUACCCAGAGAUCUCAUCAAUACCACAGCACAAUUAAACUCAGAGUCUUCUGCAUAGAAACAUUACACCUUGAACAUAUAUAAUAAUGCUGUUCAUAUAUAGUUGUGUUGAAAUCUAAUUUGUUUUCAGUUGCAUCUUAUGUAAUAAGAAUGUAUUAUGCAUGUAAAUCCUCACUAUUUCUGUGAAUAAUUUGCUUAAUAAAGACAUGGUUUUUGUACAUA